UGCCCGCAGCCUUGGGUCCAGCUCCUGUGCCCUGCAGCCGCUUGCAGCCUCCCGGCCAGCUCCUGUGCCCUGCAGCCGCACAACUGGAUUAUUCCCGCCGGGGAGGAUCACGCUCUCCUGGGGCUCUCCUUUGACUGGGGAGGGAAGGAGCGAAACAUCUCCUGUCUUCCUCACUGAAAGGGGAACUCAAACUGAUUGAUCUAUCUGAAACCGUGCUCCUGCAAACUCCGUUUGUUUGAGUUAAUUUGAUUAUAGUACAGAUUUCACUGCCCCAGAUAGAAAGAUGACAAAGCACUGGAUCACACUUUUGCUGUUCUUGUCAGUUACUGUGUUGUUUUCCACAGCUAUCCCGUCAGAAGGGCAUCAGAAUAUGACAGAGGACUACGCUCAGCUGAGUGUUACACGGAAUAAAAUCAUGACAGCACAGUAUGAAUGCUACCAGAAAAUUAUGCAAGAUCCUAUUCACAGGAAAGAAGGGCCUUACUGCAACAGGACGUGGGAUGGCUGGUUGUGCUGGAGUGAUGUUGCUGCUGGCACUGUGUCAGUACAGCGUUGUCCUGACUACUUUCAGGAUUUCAACCCAUCAGAAAAAGUUACAAAGAUUUGUGAUCCCAGUGGGAAUUGGUUUAGACACCCAGAAAGCAACAGGACGUGGACAAACUAUACCCAGUGUAAUAUCUAUACACACGAAAAAGUGAAGACUGCUCUGAAUUUGUAUUACCUGGCCAUCAUCGGACAUGGCCUUUCAAUUGCAUCACUUCUGGUUUCUCUUGGCAUAUUCUUCUAUUUCAAGAGCUUGAGUUGCCAAAGGAUUACCCUGCAUAAAAACCUAUUUUUCUCUUUUGUUUGCAACUCUGUUGUAACAAUAAUUUCACUGACUGCAGUUGCCAACAAUCAGGAAUUAGUUGCAACUAAUCCAGUUAGCUGCAAAGUGUCACAGUUCAUCUACCUGUACCUGAUGGGCUGCAACUACUUUUGGAUGCUGUGUGAAGGCAUUUACCUGCACACUCUCAUCGUGGUGGCUGUUUUUGCUGAGAAGCAACACUUGAUGUGGUAUUACCUUCUUGGCUGGGGUUUUCCGCUGAUCCCUGCCUGCAUACACGCCGUUGCCAGAAGUUUGUAUUAUAACGACAAUUGCUGGAUCAGCUCUGAUACUCACCUGCUCUACAUCAUCCACGGCCCUAUUUGUGCUGCACUCUUGGUGAAUCUCUUCUUCCUGCUAAAUAUCGUUCGUGUGCUCAUAACCAAGCUGAAAGACACCCACAAGGCAGAAUCCAACCUGUACAUGAAAGCAGUGAGAGCUACCCUGAUUCUCGUGCCACUCCUUGGCAUUGAAUUUGUCCUGUUUCCAUGGCGACCAGAGGGCCGGAUCGCUGAGGAAGUUUAUGACUAUGUGAUGCACAUCCUCAUGCACUACCAGGGUCUGCUGGUGGCUACGAUUUUCUGCUUCUUUAAUGGAGAGGUCCAAGCUGUUCUGAGAAGGCACUGGAAUCAGUAUAAAAUCCAGUUUGAGCACAGCUUCAGCCACUCGGAUGCCAUCCGCACCGCUUCCUACACCGUGUCGACCAUCAGCGACGUCCAAGGCUACAGCUACAACCACGACUGCACCAGCGAACAUUUGAAUGGGAAGGGCUACCACGACAUGGAGAGUGUUGUGCUGAAAACAGAAAAGCUGUAUGGCUGACCACCCAGGGCUCAGCACACCUGCCGGGCUUAGUGCCCUGAACUCCAAGUUUGAGUGAAUGACUUCACGGCCAGCAGAUUUUGCCUAACUUGGGAUGUGUUAUUCUCCUGAAUGAUGCAAACUAAACCAACUCCUCCUUCACCUGUAUGUAUAUAUCUGCAUAUAUACAUAUGUUUGUUUCUGUGCAUCUAUAUAGUAUGGACAUCUGUACAUAUAUAUCUAUAUAUGUAUGUGCAUUUAUAUGAGGAUACAAACUUUGCCUCUUCAGUUUCUACUGUGUAGACAAAGUUGGCAAUUUUUUGUACAAAGGGAAUCAAUGAAGGAUUUUUUACUUACUUUGAAGGAUUUCUUGCUUACUUUGAAGGAUUUCUUAUUUUCUUGGCAGUUUGUAUGACUGUUGUGUUGAAGCCACUUCGUUUGCCUAUAGAGUGUAAAUACCACACUGUAUUGUCUUAAUUCAACCUAAAACAGAGUGAAGGAAAGCAGUUAAAGUAGGUGCAAUAAUAACAAUACGUUGUCCAGGUUAGUUUUGUGCCCAGCGUUUCACUGCUGAAAGAGCCCAACGGGUAGUCUGAGACAGCAGGCAGAUGGUUUUGAUCUGGCCAGUUUGUUUUAUGCACUAUUUGGAACCAAGCAUAGAGACACCAGUGCAAGUCUGAGACUCUCCUCACCUCCAUACUGCACUGUAUGACUUUACAUCAGCCUUCAAGCAACUUUAUUUAAGUUAUUUUUAUAUAUAUAUAUAAGGAUGUCUCCUUCUGAGGCUUGGGGAAGUUUCUCACUGGCUCUACCACAGACAAGAUAGCUGAGGCCUUACUACUAGAAGGGAAAGUAGUAACCUGGGUAACAGUAAAUCCUUCCAGACACUAUCUCAUAACUGCAGCUGAUGGAAUUUAGCUGUCUGCUUAAAGAAUUUAUUCAGCUGGGAAAAGAUCAUGCACAGAGUUUGUUGUAACCAUGUUGUUGUUUU